AUGAUGAUUAAGGAGCCGAUGGCAAAUCCUAACCCUAAUCCUAAAUUACCGCCACACACCAGCUCAGUUAUGAUGACAGUGCCAGCGGCUACGAAGGAAACCACAGGUGGACAAGCAUGGAACACCCUAUUCACAGGAACCAAACUCGCAAAGAAGGGUAUGAGUCUAGUGUUCAUCCUUCCGAAAGUGCAAAAUGGCGAGAAGGUCGUUGAAUUGUCGAAAAUUGAAAUUGAGAAGGAGUGUGCAUACUGGAAACAAACGAUCAUUCUGUAUGUCAUUGGCGCAUCUCCUACGAUUGCUACAGUGGCUGGGUUCAUUGCUAGCAAUUGGAAUUUUGCUUCGAAACCAAGGAUCUAUUAUCAUAAUGAUGGCUAUUUCAUAGUUCGAUUUAACAGCAUGGAGGACAGAAAUGAGGUAAUAUAUUCUGGGCCUCAACUGUUGAACAAUAGACCCCUUGUUAUUAAACCAUGGUCGGUUAAAUUUGAUUUUGCAAAGGAAGUGCUCAAAAUUAUCCCAUUAUGGGUGAAAUUCCCGAACUUACCUCUCAACUAUUGGAGCAUGGAUUCCUUAAGUAGAAUCAGCAGUGGGUUGGGUAACCCACUAUAUGUAGAUGAGUGCACCACUCAAAUGGAGAGAAUCUCUUAUGCCAGGGUCCUUAUUGAAUUGGACAUUAUUAGACCACGGCCAAAUAGUGUUAAAGUUGCUGAUCCCCAUGGAAAGGAAUUUGACCAGGCAGUUGCAUAUGACUGGAAAUCAAUAUAUUGUGGCACUUGCUGCCAGUUGGGGCAUGACUGCUCCAAGGCGCAGAACCAGGUUGGCGACACAACUUGCAGGGUCCAAGAAAGGCAACCAAGGGCAGUACAUGAUGGGGGACAGGACAAAAGGCAAACCAAGGCAACUGCUAAGCCUAGGCCACCAGAAAACUUGAAGGCUCAAGGCCAAGAACCAGCUGCAAAGGGUCCAAAUCAUAAGAUGCGACAAGCAUGA